AGGCCCCUUGUUUUUUGAGUGAUUGAGGCGUCUGCCCACCAACCGCAACACGCCGGCCUCGUAUUUACCUUUGUCCCUGAACUGGUAGAGUCCGAGCGAUUUCUUUGUUUAACCGGACACGGUUCUCAGACCAGCGAAUCCAUCCCUUGCGCCCGCGAGCGACCCGUCACAAUGGCCGCCCAAGGCUACUACAACGGCGCGCAGAGUAACCCUCCGGCAUACGACCACCACGGACCGCCCUCCGAGUCGUUCAGCAGAGUCUCGCCCUCACCGCGUCCGAGCCCCAGCCCCGUGGGAUACAAUCACAACGCCGCCCCUUACUACCAGUCUCCGGACGACCUCCACGAUCCGCAUCACCUUCGUUACAGUCAGCAGUCUAUCGGCUCGGACAGCGGGGCAUAUGUUGCUGGAGGAAGGAUACAUGACAACGAUCAAUACGCAGAGAAUAUCCCUCUCAAGUCCGCAAAUCCAUACGAUAACCAGACUCCAUACGAUAAUCAUUCUCCGGGCCAGCAGCCCUGGAUGCAGCAACCGACUCACUAUGCGCCAGACCCUGCCAUGAUGGAAACGCAAACGCAUCCUCCGCAGAAAAAGAAGAAGGGCUUCUUCAAGAAGAAGAUUGCAUUUGUUACUUAUAUUUUAACGGCCGCUCAAAUUAUUGUGUUUAUCGUCGAAUUGGUAAAAGCCGCCCAACUUACUGGGACACCAGUCCAAACGAAACCGCAAUUCAACCCGAUGAUCGGUCCAUCGCCAUACGUCCAAAUCAACAUGGGUGCCAGAUAUGCCCCUUGCAUGAAGAACGUCCCUCAUGUUCAGAACAACACCAAUCCCAAUGGGUUCUUCUUCCCCUGUCCGAAUACGACAAGUCAAGUGGCAGCCUGUACACUCUCCGAACUAUGCGGUUUUGACGGGGUUCCGAACCCAGUACCAAACGGUUCUCUCGACGAUAAGCCUGCCCCGAAUCAGUGGUUCCGUUUCAUCAUCCCAAUGUUCCUUCACGGUGGGUUCAUCCAUAUCGGUUUCAACCUCCUCGUCCAAAUGACUAUGGGUGCGGAUAUGGAACGGAUGAUAGGAUGGUGGCGAUAUGGGUUGGUUUACUUCUCCAGCGGAAUUUGGGGGUUCGUUCUUGGAGGCAACUACGCCGGUCAGGGAGAACCAUCUAGUGGUUGUUCCGGUGCGCUUUUCGGAAUUCUCGCGCUUUUCAUCUUGGAUCUUCUCUACGGAUGGAAGGAUCGCGAGAGCCCUUGGGUGGAGUUUAUUAUUAUGAUUGUCGGUAUUGCGGUCUCCUUUGUGCUAGGCCUGCUGCCGGGUUUGGACAACUUUUCCCAUCUUGGCGGAUUUACCAUGGGGCUUGCACUUGGAUUGUGCGUUAUGAGGUCUCCGAAUGCACUACGAGAACGUAUUGGACUGGCACGCAGUCCUUAUGUCGCCAUGAGCGGCGGCGUUGCCUCAGAAAAUCCGAACCCCGACGCAAACAAGGCGGCAAAUGGUUCGAACUUUGGCGGUUUCAGCAAAUAUAGCCCCAAGGGCUUUUUUGCCGGCCGGAAACCUCUAUGGUGGGCCUGGUGGUUGGUCCGCUUGGGCGCGUUGGUUGCCGUUAUCAUUGGCUUCAUCCUGCUCAUCGUGGACUUUUACAAGUAUCCGAGCUCAAAUUGCUCCUGGUGCUACAGGUUCAGUUGUCUGGUGAGUAUCCGCACUUUCUUUAGGCCGCCUGGACUCCGCUAACUAUCAUUCUUUCUUUAUAGCCCGUCAAUGGCUGGUGCGAACAAGGAAAUCUGAACCCCACCACCGUAAACAAGACCGAUUCCGGCAAUUAGUGUUGUGGCAUGUUUUCUGAUUUUAUACCUACGCAUUUUAUCCCCUCUUCCACCAUAAUCCUUAUUUCACGAAGCCGGGUGAAUCGGCCCAGUACCAUAUAUCAUUAGCAUUACGAACCUCCAUACCAUAUAUUGGGCGUUAGAAGGAUUGGCAGUUUUGCUGUUCGCGGGUUCAGGAACAGCGAAUUUCCUAUGCUUGUUAUAUCAUGAACAAUAUACAAAUAGUAGUCCCAAUUUAAGCAAGGGGCAAUGCACGAACAAUAUUCAGGCAGCACUCAGUAUUUUUUUUCUUGAUGUGGGA